GAAAACCUUGUGCUGAAACUGAAAUAUUUUAUUUAUUUGGCUUACAAAUGUCUGUUUUUGGAUUUUAAAAUUGUAUUAUUUUAUUUUUGACACUUCAAAUUUCUAUAUUUUAAAUAUCUUCCGUUAUUUCGAGCCAUGGAUUGGUCUGAAAAAAUACUCCCUUGCUUACUACUUUUUAUGUGCUUUACAAUUAGAUAUGAAGUUUCUGGUGAAGAUUGCAUUUUACAAAACCCGAAAGAUUCACAUAAAAGCAACCUCUUGAAUAGUAUAUCACUGCUAAAAGGUUCAAAGUUUGUUAGCAGCAGUGAUCAUUAUUCUUAUGUUGUAUCAAUCUGUUAUGACUUUUCUAAAGGCAAACAUCCAAAUGCAAGUGUUACUCGUACUGUCAUAGCUAAUGGUACAGCUACUGUUUUAGGACGUUACAAUGAGACUGAUAUAAUCGGCUUAGGAGAUCAUCAGAUGCUUCUCACUUAUUCAGGAGGAGACAAGAUAAAUGAUAGUUCAACUUGCAACAAUAGCUAUUGGAAAACCUUAAUUGUUAUCUCUUGCAAUGAGAUUGCUGAUGAGAUUAAUAUUGAUUUAUUGGAUCCAUUAAAUGGUGGAUGUUUUGCACUCUUCCAUUUGAAAACAUCUGUAUGUGCCCCUGCAAGAAAUUCAACAUUUCUAACAUGGUUUCUCGUUAUAUUUGUAUUAAUUGUUGCCUAUUUUGUGUGUGGCAUCAUUUACAAAAGGUAUUCUGAAGGUGCAAAAGGUUGGGAACAAGUACCUCAUCAUGAAUUUUGGAGGAACCCUUUGCAGCAUUUGAUGGGAUGCCUUAGGGGCAAAGAGGAUAUUCAAAUUCAACGAAAUCAGCCCAAUGAUCCUGCAGAUGAACCCCUACUUCGGCCAUAGCCUAUGCUUCGUUUCUCUACUGAUUUAGAUGUUCCAUAGGUUUGGAAUAAGUCGGUGGAUUGGUGUUUUUUCAUUUAUAUUUUAUUGCGAGAGGGAGGUGUGAUAAAUGGGAGAUAAAUUUAUUAAUCACCAAAAAAGGUUCUAGAUUUAUUAUGCUUACUAAGUACUGAUUUUUAUGAAAAUGAAGUGUGAUAUUAAUAUUAGUCUUUGUAUAUUGAAUUGUCCUGAAAAGGAAUAUUUUUACCAGAAUAACUAUUUUAUUCCCUUAAAAAGGUAUUAAGUUAUAAAAUGCAGUAUUAAAACUGAAAUGUUUUAUGUUAAUAUUUAUUAUUGUUAUCAUUUAAAGUUUUGUGUGAUUGCUUUUUUAAUAUUUGU